AGCAAAUACAGAUGACAGUACUGACAGUUAAAAAAAGAACGCAGCCUAUAUAAACGUCAUCAGCCAGCUUACAAUAAUCAGUGGCGAAAUAGUUUCUGCGAUAUGAACAAGUUUGUGAUUUAUUGUGCAUUAGUUUUUCUCGUGGCCGUCGUUUGUCAUGGCUACAAUUUCGAGGACAAUGGUUUCAAUCAAAUCCUCUAUGCCGACUCACAAGAAUUUGUCAGCUCUCUGAGUGCUGCUCUGGUACCACCACGUCUCAGACGCGACAAUGUAGCUGCAUCAGCAAAUGGAUCCUAUGAAUGCGAAAGGCCUUUCCCCAGGCUAAAAUUGUGUUGCGGCGAAGAUUCUCUCCGCAACAUUGACAAAGACAAUAUGUAUGAGGAGUGCUUCAAAGAAGUAACCGGAUACGAAGUUACUGACGAGUUAUACUGCGAAGAAUUUGUGAAGAAAAAGAGCGGCCAAAUUUGCAUUCAACAAUGCGUCUCUGAGAAGUCGGGCUGGGUAACUGGAGAUGGUACACCGAAUGCUGAUUCAAUUUCCAAAUUCCUUAGGGAAACUUUCGCCAAAGAAUCCUGGUUGCUACCACAUGUGGAAAAAAUCGUCAGCAGUUGCGUUACUGAAGUCAAAGCCGCCAAUGCAAACCCGGUUGAAUAUAACACCGAAGGUCUCAAAAUUUGUCUCCAAGCAGGCGUCAAUUUGGCAUACUGCCUCGUCACGGAAAUACAGUUAAAUUGUCCAGCUGAUCAAAUUGAAGACAAAGCUGCUUGUGAUAACUUGCAGGAGAGGCUUAAGAAGCGCAAGGAGGGUUUGUAGAUGGACGACUAGAUCUCAGUUUUCAAUUACCUAUAUGAAACUCAAAAUAGGGUUUACAAUAGUAUGAUUAUAUUUUUAAGUAAAUUAUGUUUAUGAAAGGUCAGUCAAAAGAAAUAAAAAACAUAUUAUGUUCGAGGUUUUAUUUGAAAUUCAAUUUAACAGAUAAGUAGAGGUGCACCCAUUUUUGUUGGAAUGAUAUAACAGUUGUUAGGUCAUUAUUUCUCAAACUAAUUUAACUACUUUUCUUAAAUUAAUUAACUAGGUAGGUACCUUGUUUUGAUUCAGACUUUGCACUGUGAAGAGUAGCCUCUUCUACGUUUGAAAUAGAACCAAUUCUAUUAAUGAUACUGGCAUUGACAUUCAGAAAUGAUCCUGCUCCGAGCAAAAGACCAUUUUUGGUCUUGGUCUCAUCAGUAUUUUUCGAUUUUGCCGAUGAGGUUUCAGAUAUCAAAGGCUUGACGCGUUUUUCUGUAACAAAAACGUUGCAGGCGAAACUUACCUCGAUUUUGAGGGCUUCCAAAUAGGUAAUCUGAAAAAGUAUUAUUGGAAACAUUUCCAUUAUUGAGAAAUCACUUACAUGUUCCUCAAGAG